GCUAAUAAGAGCGAGUUUCCGUUCCCGCCGUUUAUCAGUCAGUGGGAGUGCUCUGUUCAAAAUUUGCGCCUAUAAACUCCCGGAAUCCUCCAUUUUCUCUGUAAAUGCAAGUACCAAACAUGCAAGCGCUAAGAGCUCUCCGUUUCCAAAAACACUUGCUCAAUCUCCCUCCAACAAACCCCCUUUCGUCUCUCCGUUUUACUGUCAUAUGCAGUUCUCGCCAAUUCCACUUCACUCGCCGGAAACACUUCCCUGAAGAGUCCACAGCUCUCACCGAAGACGCCGUACAAGGCUGGGCCGCUCCUUCAGCUGCUCGAGAAAACCCUAGUGGUGAGAAUGUUCCGCAAAGGGAGUCUAAAUCGAGUGCAAAUUACUCCAAUGUUUUGGGUUCAAAGGGUAGGGUUUAUGAGGUUACAGGGAAUGGGAACAAGAAGAAGGGGAAAGGGAAGAGUAAAACAGUGUGGGUGUGUUCUGAUUGUGGGUAUGAUGAUGGACAGUGGUGGGGGAUAUGUAAGCAGUGUAAUGGGGUGAAUACUAUGAAGCGGUUUUCUGAAGGGGUAGAGCAUUUCACGAGUGGGUUUGAGGUUUUGGAGAAUGUGACAAGGUCGUGGCUGCCUCAUCAGUCUGUUAGAGCUAUGCCCACGAAAUUGACUGAUGUGAAUAAGGGAAUUAAUCAAUCGAAUUGGCGAAUCCCUCUGUCUGGCCUUUUUGGAGCUGAAGUGGGAAGAGUACUUGGUGGUGGUCUUGUGCCAGGUUGCUUAGUUUUAAUUGGAGGUGAUCCGGGUGUUGGUAAGAGCACAUUACUGUUACAGAUUGCAGCCAUAGUUGCAGAAGGGUGUGAUAUGGGGGGACCAGCACCAGUUCUCUAUGUGUCUGGGGAAGAGAGUAUUGAGCAAAUUGGGAACAGAGCUGAUCGGAUGAGAAUUGGGACAGAUGAACUAUUUUUAUAUGCAAGUACAGAUGUUGAGGAUAUUUUGGAAAAGACCCAAACUCUCUCACUGCGAGCUUUGGUAAUUGAUUCCAUCCAGACAGUAUAUCUGAGAGGAGUAACUGGAAGUGCAGGUGGUCUAUCGCAGGUAAAAGAAUGCACAGAAGUAUUGCUGCGGUUUGCCAAGAAGACCAAUAUCCCCGUGUUUCUGAUUGGACAUGUGACUAAAUCUGGAGAAAUAGCUGGUCCUCGCGUCUUGGAACACAUAGUUGAUGUUGUUCUCUAUAUGGAAGGAGAGAAGUGUUCAUCUCAUCGUUUACUUCGUUCAGUGAAGAAUCGAUUUGGAUCCACAGAUGAGCUUGGAGUGUUUGAAAUGUCACAAUCAGGCUUGCAGGCUGUUUCAAACCCAAGUGAAAUGUUUCUAAGUGAACAGCAGUCGGAUUCUGAGUUUCUGGCUGGAUUAGCUGUUACUGUAAUUAUGGAUGGAUCUCGAGCCUUUCUUAUUGAAAUUCAGGCAUUGUGUGUUGCUGGUUCAUCUGUCUCAAGACAAGUAAAUGGUGUUCAAGCUGGCAGAGCUGAGAUGAUAAUUUCAGUUCUUAUAAAGCAAGCUGGUCUCAAGCUGCAAGAGAAUGGAGUUUUUCUCAAUGUUGUCAGUGGUGUUAGCCUGUCAGAGACUGCUGGUGAUCUUGCAGUAGCAGCAGCAAUUUGCAGCAGUUUUUUGGAAUUCCCUCUUCCUGUGGGCAUUGCAUUCAUUGGGGAAAUUGGCCUUGGUGGUGAAAUUCGUACGGUACCAAGAAUGGACAAAAGGAUAAAUACAGUGGUGAAGCUGGGAUACAAGAAAUGUAUAAUUCCCAAAUCAGCUGAAACAUCACUGUCAGCUUUAGAUCUUGGAGAUACUGAGAUUGUGGCCUGCAGAAAUUUGAAAGAGAUGAUAAACAUUGUGUUCAGAAAACGCUGAGAUAUUAUUGGUUGUAGUGAGUUUUUUAUGUGUAGAUAGUGAUGCAAUCUACACAGAUAUCAGUACUGUAUAUUAUCUAGGCUGUUUCUUGUAAUUUUGGCACAGAGUUGUACCAUUUUG